AAUAUUUGGGGGAAACCAAAGUGAAAUAAACACAAACCGAGUUGUUGGAACAUAUGGUUAUAUGGCACCUGAAUAUGCAAUGGAAGGCCUAUUUUCAGUGAAGUCUGAUGUUUAUAGCUUUGGAGUGCUACUCCUAGAGAUUGUGAGUGGCCGAAGGAAUACUAGCUUCCGUCAAACAGAACGCAUGAUCCUCAUUGCUUAUGCAUGGGAUCUUUGGAAUGAAGGUAAAGCAAUGGACAUAGUUGAUCUUUCCAUCCGAGAUUCAUGUGAUGAAAACGAAGUUCUGAGAUGCAUACAAAUCGGCAUGUUGUGUGUGCAAGAUUCUGCACUUCAUAGACCAACCAUGGCAUCAGUUGUGCUAAUGCUGGAGAGCAGCACAACAAGCAUUCCAUUACCUAGGCAACCCACUUUCACUUCUGUCAGAGCCUCUAUAGACCCUGAAAUCUCUCUGGAAGUGCAAGAAGUAGCAUCCUCAAGCGACUUGACAGUGAAAGUGGUAGCAGGCAGAUGAUUACAAUCUUUCCUUUUCUGUUCCUCUGCAUUCCUUGUUUUAUAUGUUCAUGUGUUAGUUUAGUUGGAAAAUAGAGUAUAUUUGUAAAGGGUCUUUUGUCAAUCAAUUUUUUACAAAAAAAAAAAAACUAUUUUUUGUGCUCUAUAAAUUGAUACUGUGGUUUCUUUCAAUCA